CCGUCCCGGGGGUCCGUCGGGAUUAGGAGAUUUUAAAAGCUUUCGUCUCCUUCAAUUUGGUUUCUGAUUCCUCGAUUUGAUUAGGGUUAUGGCGAUGUUGAGGGCGGCGAAGCAUGCGAUGAGAGCGCUGGGAUCGAGGGCUCCGGAUGCGUCGCCUUUCGCUAGGAUGCUCCAUGCUUCUACUGGGAGCAAGAAGAUAGUCGGAGUAUUCUAUAAAGCCAACGAGUAUGCAUCAAUGAAUCCCAAGUUUGUUGGUUGCGUGGAAGGAUCCUUAGGCAUCCGGGACUGGCUUGAAUCUCAAGGCCACCAAUAUAUUGUCACUGACGAUAAAGAAGGCCCGAAUUGUGAACUUGAGAAACAUAUUCCUGAUAUGCAUGUUCUUAUAACAACCCCAUUUCAUCCGGCAUAUGUUACUGAAGAGAGGAUAAAGAAGGCCAAAAACUUGCAACUUCUUCUGACUGCUGGAAUUGGCUCAGAUCACAUUGAUCUGAAAGCUGCAGCUGCAGCUGGAUUGACAGUUGCAGAAGUCACUGGGAGCAAUACAGUCUCUGUUGCAGAGGACGAGCUGAUGCGAAUCCUUAUCCUUGUUCGGAACUUCUUACCUGGAUAUCAUCAGGUGAUUAAUGGUGACUGGAAUGUUGCAGCUAUUGCCUACAGGGCUUAUGAUCUUGAAGGCAAGACUGUCGGAACUGUUGGUGCUGGCCGCAUAGGGAAGCUUCUGCUCCAGCGUUUGAAGCCUUUCAACUGCAAUUUGCUCUAUCAUGACCGCCUCAAGAUGGAACCUGACUUAGAGAAAGAGAUCGGGGCUAAGUUUGAGGAAGAUCUUGAUAAAAUGCUUCCCAAGUGUGACGUUAUUGUUAUAAACACUCCUCUUACAGAGAAAACCAGAGGAUUGUUUAACAAGGAAAGAAUCGGAAAGCUGAAGAAAGGAGUCCUUAUUGUGAAUAAUGCUCGAGGUGCAAUCAUGGACACUCAAGCAGUAGCAGAUGCUUGUUCCAGUGGGCACAUUGCUGGUUACAGUGGCGAUGUUUGGAAUCCGCAGCCAGCUCCCAAGGAUCAUCCAUGGAGGUACAUGCCAAACCAUGCCAUGACACCCCAUAUUUCUGGCACUACUAUUGACGGUCAACUGAGAUACGCAGCUGGAACCAAGGACAUGCUGGAUAGAUACUUCAAGGGACAAGACUUCCCAGCCCAAAACUACAUUGUCAAGGAAGGAAAGCUAGCGAGCCAAUACCAGUGAAAAUAAAACUCCCAAUGCCGGACAGUCUGUUCUCGGCCUUUUUUCUGAAAAUAAAUCCCUAUGGAUGAAUCUGUUUGUCAUCUUAAAAAUGUUUAUCUGGGAAUCUUGUGAAACCUUCAUGAAUUCAUGUUCGCUAUUAACGCGGCUGCUUGUGUUUGCAAUUCAAAACUAUGAGCUUCUAAUUUAUGCUCUUGCUUGUGAAA